UUAAGAUUAGUCCUAUGAUGUGAUCUGUUUCAUCUUUUUCGCCUUUUGCGUGGCAAUGGACAUUUUGGUCUAGAAUAGAAGAGCAGUGUUAAGAUUUACUUUUUCUGUCAGGUUUUAGUGAAUAUAUACACGAUAUUGACCGGAAUGACCGCAAGUAACUAAAAUUUUAAAAGAAAUACGGGAAUUAGGGAAAUCCCCUACAGUGACGCCAUAGAUCCGCGGCGAAUAGCGCCACGCCGAGUCGACCUACUUACCCUGAACGUUGAAUUUCUGUUACAACAUGAUUGUGUUUGAUCUGCAAUUACUACAAUAUUGGAUGGUUUGAUUGCUGAACCUCAUCAUGGAUGGGCGUGCACGGGGUAGAGCAAGAGGACGACAACAACAGCAACAACAACAACCAGCUGAAGUUGAUAGACCAGGUGAUAGAAGGCCAGGUGACCAGGGACAGCAGCGUGAGCAACAUCCGUCCCAACCACAUGGUGUAGAUGGCCGACCGGGGGGUGGAGGACGGCAACCAUAUGGUGGUGAAGGUCGACAACAGCGGGAUCAAUCAGAUGGUGCUGUUGGGCAUCAACCUUCUGUGGGUCGUGCAGCUUACAGAGGCGGAACACGGGAACCAAGUCAGAAAAAUACAGGUGCUAUACCUAAAGUACCAGUCGAACAGAUGGGUCAGAUGUCAUUAGGAGAAAGGGGUGGUGGUCGAGGAGGAGGAAGAGGCGGAAGAGGUGGUAGUGGAAGAGGGGCCAGGCCAGUGGCUCAGGCUCCCAGAAAAAGAGCUGAUUACCGUUACCAAGAUUUAAAAACCAAACCAGAACACAUCACGGUCAAACAAGGUAAAGAUGGACGGGGUGUUGACUUGGUAGCCAACUAUUUCCAAUUAGAAGUAACAGCGCAGUUCUUGGCUUUGUAUCAAUAUCAAGUAGACUUUAAUCCUGUUGUUGAAAGUAAAAGUAUGAAGUGCGGCUUGCUCUAUACACAUUCAGAUUUACUCGGAACCGUGAGAGCUUUUGAUGGCGGAAUUUUGUAUCUCCCUAAAAAAUUACCGGAGAAGGUAACCGAGGUAUUUAGUUUGAAAAGAAGUGAUGAAACCAAAGUUCGUAUUACCAUAACACUGACAAAUGAAUUACCACCUUCAAGCCCUCAGUUUCUUCAGAUAGUUAAUAUUAUACACCGGAAGACACUGGGAUUUAUUGGUAUGACAGAAAUUGGUCGUCAUAAUUUUAAUUUUAGUUUGAAAGUAGAUAUUCCACAGCAUAAAUUAAGUGUAAUACCAGGAUUUUCUACCAGUGUUUUGCAAUAUGAAAAAAAUAUUCUGCUUGGUGCCGACAUUACGCAUAAAGUACUACGUACAAACACAGUAUUAGAUAUUAUGUAUGAUAUGUCAAAUGAUAAAAGAUCUAAAAUGAGUUUUUUUGAUAGAGCCUUUAAAGCGCUUGUUGGUUCUGUUGUACUCACAAGAUAUAAUAAUAAGACUUAUAGAGUAGAUGAUAUUGACUGGGACAUGAGGCCAACAGAUAAAUUUAAAUUACAGAAUGGUGAUGAAAUAUCUUAUAUCGAUUAUUAUAAAAAGAAUUAUGAAUUAACAGUGACGGAUGCAGAUCAACCUUUACUUGUAUCAAAACCCAAAAAGAAAGAUCUAAAUCGUGGAAUGAAAACAAAUCUUUAUUUUCUUCCGGAAUUCUGUAUUUUAACAGGUAUUUCUGAUGCUAUCCGAACCGAUUUCCAAGUUAUGAAAGAUUUAUCAACACAUACACGUGUAGCUCCAAAUGGUAGAUGUCAGAAACUGAAAGAAUUUAUAACUUUAAUUAACACUAAUGAGAAAGUACAAGAAGAAAUGAAUGGCUGGGGAUUACGAUUCUCACCAAAUUUACUGAGUAUUCGAGGUCGAGUUUUACCUCAAGAAGUUCUAACAACAUCAGCAGCAUUGAAUCCUCAACCAUUAACUUAUGAUCCAAAAGAAUGUGAUUGGAGUAAAUCAUUGAGAGAGAAGAGACUUUUAACACCGGUCAAUCUUUCUAAUUGGUUGGCCAUAUCGACACAGAGAGAUGGAGCUGCUACUCAAGACCUUGUUAAAUCUUUACAACAGUUAAGCCAGCCAAUGGGAAUAAGAGUGAACAACCCAACUACAUGUCAGCUUCAUAAUGAUCGUAAUGAAACAUUCCUGACUACAUUAACACAGAAUUUAACAGCAGAUACUCAGAUGGUUUUAGUUGUUCUACCUAAUAACAAGAAAGAUCGCUAUGAUGCCAUUAAAAAAUUUACAUGCAUUGAACAUCCAGUUCCAUCACAAGUAGUGGUAGCUAAAACAUUAUUGAAAACACAUAUGUUGAUGUCCGUAGCUACUAAAAUAGCUAUACAAAUCAACUGUAAAUUAGGUGGUGAAAUUUGGAAGCUAAAAAUUCCUUUGAAAGGUACGAUGUAUGUUGGUAUAGAUACAUAUCAUGAUGGUUUAAGAAAAGGACAAUCAGUCGCCGGAAUUAUCAGCUCUUUAAACAUUACUGCCACUCGUUACUACAGUCGGGUUUCAUUUCAACCUAAAGGUUCCGAAUUGGUGGAUGGAUUACAUGUGGCUAUGACAGGAGCUCUACGUAAAUAUCAUGAAGUCAAUGGAGAAUUUCCUAAUAAAAUUAUAGUAUAUCGAGAUGGUGUUGGUGAUGGGCAACUAGCUGCUGUAUUUCAACAUGAAGUAUUUCAAGUUAAACAAGUUAUGAGAAAUUUGGGAUGUCUUGAGGCUAAACUAUGUUUUAUGAUCGUCAAGAAACGUAUAAAUGCCAGAUUUUUUGCCCGUACUCCACCAAAUUAUACCAAUCCACUUCCAGGAACCAUUGUAGAUACAGAAGUCACAAAACCUGAAUGGUAUGAUUUCUUCUUGGUAUCCCAAUCUGUUCGACAAGGAACCGUAACUCCAACACAUUAUAAUAUAAUAUGGGAUGAAACUGGUCUGCAGCCUGAUCACAUGCAAAAACUGAGUUAUAAAUUAACACAUUUAUAUUAUAACUGGCCUGGAACUAUUCGUGUACCAGCACCAUGUCAGUAUGCUCAUAAAUUAGCUUUCUUAGUUGGACAAUCACUUCAUAAAGAACCAUCUUUAGAUUUAGCUGAUAAAUUAUUCUUUCUCUAAUUCUUUACAAAAAAAAAGAUAGCCCAUGGAAAUUGUCUAAAUACGCCCACACAGCAGCCAUAUGACAACAACUUAUCACAAAGGAAAAUUUGGAUGUUGACCAAAAUUGAUAAGGAUGAUUUCAAGAAAUCUAAUGUCCAUACUUUUUUUAUUUAAAACAAAACAGGAAAUGCAAGAAUUUAUGUGCAUUUAAAUAUUUAAAAUAUUUCUUUUCCGAGAGAGAUUAAUGGAUUUAUUAGCAAAAUAAAGUCAAAUUAUAUCAGAAUUACCAGCAAUGAAUUUUACGUAUUUACCCAUAUAUUUUCUGUAGUGUUUCGUUUGAUACAUCUACACUGCCGUACCAAACCUUGGUGUUACUGUUUUGCAGAAAAAACAUUGGCAGAUCAAACUUUAAUUUUAGAAUAAUGGAAGUUGACCUCAGCAAACAAAGCGAAUAUCUAUUGACUUUGAAUCAAAUACAAUUAUUUGAACGGGUGCUUGCAUGGUUGAAUAAGUUACUCAAAAAUAUUGAUUAGCUAUUACCCAAGAAUUUCAAAAUCAACAUUCAAUGGUCUGUUGUAUGUAGGCUAUAUGAAUGAACAUGGGGAAGUGAUCAAUUUUCACACCUUACCAGAACAUCUGACUUCUACCCUCAACGCUUCAUACCUUCAGGCACCUGUAACAUGGAAAAUAGUUCAAAAUAACAUCAAGCUAUAACUAGACCCAACUCUGGGUUUUAAUUGUAUAUUUCAUUGUAGUUAUCAUUAAAUGGCUCUGUCUAUACGAGACACAUGGGUGAAAAAAAAUCAAACAGCUAUGCAACUUUUGUACAUUCCAAGAUAUUUAAAUUUCUUGGCCUAUAUAUGACAUAUUUUCAAAAAUAUGUUGAAUAUUUUUUAAGAUAUGUUCAAUUUUUUAUAAAACAUGUUGAAUUUUCUUUAAUAUACCGGGUAUGUUGAAUAUUCCUUAAAAUUAUUAUGUUAAAUAUUUUCAAAAAUAUGUUGAUUGAAUAUUUUCAAAAAUUAUGUUGAAUAUUUUCAAACAUUAUGUUAUGUUAAAUAUUUUCAAAGUAUGUUGAAUAUGUCCUAAUAUAUGUUGAAUAUUUUCUAAAAUCCUUGUGUAUCCUUGAUAUAGCUCUGGUUAAUGUCUAAAAUAUUUUAGAAAAUAUAUAGCACAUUUUAGAACAUAUUUAGUGCAUUUUAGAAAAUAUUUAGCACAUUAUAGAAAAUAUUUAACACAUCUUAGAAAAUCUUUAAAACAUUUUAGAAAAUGUUUAACACAUUUUAGAAAAUAUUUAACCUAUAAAUACUUGCUGAAAUCAGACUCUAAAGAGAACAGGCAACUGAUAAAGAAGGGAUACCACCGUCUUAUGUUGAGUACUCCAAGUAUUAUAUCAAAAUAAAAUAUAGAUCAAAUUGUAAAUUUGUGUAAUUAGAUUUUAUUAAUGUGUUCUACAUGUAGCAUAGUAAGCAUAUAAUGCUUAUGUUUUAUUUUGUUUUAAAAUUAUUUUUUAAAUCUAUAUUUUUAUAUGUUGAAUAUUUUUUAAGAUAUGUUCAAUUUUUUAUAAAACAUGUUGAAUUUUCUUUAAUAUACCGGGUAUGUUGAAUAUUCCUUAAAAUUAUUAUGUUAAAUAUUUUCAAAAAUAUGUUGAUUGAAUAUUUUCAAAAAUUAUGUUGAAUAUUUUCAAACAUUAUGUUAUGUUAAAUAUUUUCAAAGUAUGUUGAAUAUGUCCUAAUAUAUGUUGAAUAUUUUCUAAAAUCCUUGUGUAUCCUUGAUAUAGCUCUGGUUAAUGUCUAAAAUAUUUUAGAAAAUAUAUAGCACAUUUUAGAACAUAUUUAGUGCAUUUUAGAAAAUAUUUAGCACAUUAUAGAAAAUAUUUAACACAUCUUAGAAAAUCUUUAAAACAUUUUAGAAAAUGUUUAACACAUUUUAGAAAAUAUUUAACCUAUAAAUACUUGCUGAAAUCAGACUCUAAAGAGAAUAGGCAACUGAUAAAGAAGGGAUACCACCGUCUUAUGUUGAAUACUCCAAGUAUUAUAUCAAAAUAAAAUAUAGAUCAAAUUGUAAAUUUGUGUAAUUAGAUUUUAUUAAUGUGUUCUACAUGUAGCAUAGUAAGCAUAUAAUGCUUAUGUUUUAUUUUGUUUUAAAAUUAUUUUUUAAAUCUAUAUUUUUAUAUUAGUAAGUAAAAAAUAUUCUGUGCAUGAUGUUUAAAGAUCUCAUUAUAAAGCUUAAUUAAU